AUGCAUAGCAAGGUGGUUGUCAUCGGCUCCGGCCCAGCGGCCCAUACCGCCGCCAUUUACCUCGCCAGAGCGGAACUGAAGCCCGUGUUGUAUGAAGGCUUCAUGGCCAACGGCACCGCCGCCGGCGGCCAGCUGACGACGACGACCGAGGUCGAAAACUACCCUGGCUUCCCCAAGGGCAUCAUGGGCCAGGAAAUGAUGGACAACAUGCGGGCCCAGUCGGAGCGGUUCGGCACCGAAAUUAUCACCGACACCGUCACCAAGCUCGACCUCUCGUCUCGGCCCUUCAGGUACAGCACCGAGUUCGCACCCGAAGAGACGCACACGGCCGACGCCGUCGUCAUCGCCACGGGCGCCUCGGCCCGUCGCCUCAACCUCCCCGGCGAGGAAAAGUACUGGCAGAACGGCAUCUCGGCAUGCGCCGUCUGCGAUGGUGCCCUGCCCAUCUUCCGCAACAAGCCGCUCUACGUCAUCGGCGGCGGCGACUCGGCCGCUGAGGAGGCCAUGUUCCUCACCAAGUACGGCAGCCACGUCACCGUCCUCGUCCGCAGGGACGUCCUCCGCGCGAGCAAGACCAUGGCCUCGCGCCUGCUCGCCCACAGCAAGGUCACCGUCCGCUUCCACACGAAGGCCACCGAGAUCCGCGGCGGCGCCGACGGCCUCAUGACCCAUCUCGUCGUCCAGGACGCCGUCUCCGGCAAGGAGGAGGUCGUCGAAGCCAACGGUCUCUUCUACGCCGUCGGUCAUGAUCCCGCCACGGCCCUCGUCAAGGGCCAGCUUGACAUGGAUGCCGAUGGCUACAUCAAGACCAAACCCGGCACGACCUUUACCAACGUCGAGGGCGUCUUCGCUGCCGGUGACGUCCAGGACAGGCGUUAUCGCCAGGCCAUUACCAGCGCCGGCACCGGGUGCAUGGCUGCCCUCGAAGCCGAGCAGUUCUUGUCUGAGCAGGAAGCCUAA